AUGGCUUACAGCUCGAUUCCAGAGAUAAAGGAGUUUCACAAACGAAUUUCGGAGAAAUCGGAAGCACUUAUCUCAAAGGAAUUCCCGUCGAAGGUCGCGCAAUUGGACGAAAUCUGCAACUCAGAGAAAUGGUCGCUAGAUCGGCUCAAUCAAGUCCACAGUGCUGGAAACACUGCAGUAGUUGCUAAUAGAAUCGGAGAGGCUGGAGAUGAGCCACCAACGAAGAGAACAAGAACGGAGAAUGGACCAUCAGUUGAGUUAAAGUCGAAUGAAAUCUUGUUGGAGUUGAUUGACGAGUUGAAGCCCGAAGUCUCCAGUUUAAUGGAGCACUCGGCGAAUAUUCGAAUCUGGAUUACUCUCCUCGUUCCCAAAAUCGAGGAUGGAAACAACUUCGGCGUCUCUGUUCAAGAAGACACUCUCGCUGAAUUAAGACAGGUCGAAGCUGAGUGCGCGCAGUAUCUCGACCAGAUCAGUCGAUACUACUUGACGAGAGGGAAGAUGUUGUCAAAGUGCGUCAAGUAUCCGCAAAUCGCCGAUUACAAAAGAUGCAUCCAGGAGUUGGACACGAAGCAGUUCGUUUCGCUGCGAUUUAUGCUGUCCGAAAUUAGAAAUCAUCAUUGUUUUGGGGUUGAAAAUCACAAUUUGACGAUGAAUAAUACGAAUUCGAGUUGUUUAUAA